CAUUGAGCGAGGGGGGGCUAGAGAGGAGUCGUAGGUCACUCGACUAUUACGUCCACUCCUCGUCGAUAGAUCUGCUCUGAGGUUAGAUUGGAGAAAAAUUGUCGAGUUUCUUGAUUUUGAUUGUUUGUUUGAGAUGUUUUGAUCGGAGGAAUCGGACAAUCAUUCUCGAUUUUUUUUUUUUUUGAUGUUUUUGGGUGUUGAUAUGGGAAGGAGAAUUCGAGGGAUUCUUUGGUUGUUCUGGAUUCUCGAAUCCAGAUCUUAUCUUUGGGUCGAUGGGGAUUUUUCUUUGAAUCGGUGAAGAAGUAUUGAGAAAGAAAGAAUCAGGCCUAAAAUUUUGGUUUUUCUUUCACUUUAUGAAGAAUUCUUGUGGUGAAUCAUGGCGGCAUAUUCAAAAGAUUUGAGGAAUUAUUCUUGAAUCGAACCAUAGUAUUAUUCAAAAAUGGACUGGUUUAGAUUUAUUUGCGUAUGGGUGAGUCAAACUGUGCGGAACCAUGUCGAUUUUUCUAUGUUUUCCGACAGAAAUGAAGAAUUUUCUUUUUAAUGUUAUCCAAUCUAGAAUCUUGAAAUCAAUUCCAAUUAUAGACGAAUAUCUAGAUUUCUCGGUUGUUCUGUUUCUUUUCAUUUUAUUGUCUUUUAUUUUAAGUUUACUAUUUGGGGCAAUUGACAUAACCCAUGCGGAAAAAAAAUCAGCUCGGGAACUGUAUUAUAACAUUUUUUAAGUAAAGAAACAUAAUUUGAGCAAAAAGCUUCAAAUCUCAGGAUUUAGCCUAAUUUCCUUGUUUUGGAUACAUUUUUCCUUGUUUUGGAUGCACCUGGCGGAUUGGAUAAAUUGGGGAAUUACUAAAUAUACUAGCUGUGGCUGCCCUUUAUAGGGUUUCUUGUUCCAAAUCAGGGUCGCCAUGUGUCCUUCGGCGCCUUUCUCUGUGCCACUGGAUAUCAAUGCAUCUUCAACUGACGAAGAACUUGUACUGUUCUUGGGAGGAAGGAAGGUUGGGGAUCCCGUCCCAGACAACGUGAUCACUGAAGUGAGCCCUUUCAGCAUCGAACCAUGGAAUUCUCCUGGUUAGCAUUGGUUCAUACUUAAGAGUUGCCUCUUUAAUUCCUUGUGCUACUUUGCAUUUAUACUGAAGAAGAUAUGUGGUACUUGUUCAAUCCUGAGGAUCCACAAUCUCUGAAUGGUGACUGUGAAUUUAAAGUGACAAGAACUGGAUACUGGAAAUCUAUGGAUGAUCUCAGAAUAUUGACAAGUACUCCUACUGUGGGCAGAAAAACAACAAGGGAAUUUUAUAUAGGGAAAGCACCGCAUGGAAAUAAAACUCAGUGGAUGAUGCAUGAAUAUCAAGCAGAACAAAAGACACGCCAGGGAAUUAAUAUAGAGCAGGACCACUGUUCUCUGUGUAGAGUCUUUUUGCAAAUUGAUGAAAGGCCAAAUCAUGAGGAACAGCAUAAUUCUAUAAUUGCAGAUGCCGCUGAUGGUGAUUACCUAGAAUGUGUUUUGCUGAAUCUUCUAGCACAAGAAGAAAACAAUUUGUCUUCAAGGGAUGCUGUAAACAGAUCCCAGAUGGUUGGCAGGGAUCAGCAGGGGCAAUCAGUAUUAUCUGGAGCAAGCGUCACUGGUCCAGAAACUGAUAGUUCUGCUGAGGAUGUAUAUGCAACUUGUGAUUUUUCUAAGGGAGACUACUUGGAACUGAAUGACCUUUAUAGUCCGGGGACAUCUUCAUCCAGUUCUGACAACUCGAGCCUCAUGUCAGUAAACUCUGAUGAAUGCUUUGAUGCUGAUGCCUUGUUGAGGGAUAUUGAGAAUGAACAUAUCCCGAGGGUGGAAGAAGAGCAUGUAGAUUGCAGAUACAGUGUCUCUGCAUCCAUCAAAUCAAAUCAAGUGGUUAUCAGGCCACCACCUGGCUCAGUUUGCCGUAACAGUAGCAGUAAUCUAGUGGUUGAAGGGGGCACAUUUGCCAAUCCAAUCCCUGAAAGGGCACGGACUUUCGGCCCUUCCUCUUCUGCUUAUGAGCUAUCUCAUAACAGGAAGGCUUCUACUUCCGGCAAAUCUCCAGGUAGUCAUUCAGACCAAUCUUCUUCCAGUAGUUCAUGUGGUAGCAGGACUUCCCAAGGGCGGGGAUCGAAGACUGUUGGCAGGAUCGCGAGGUUGGGGAAGAAGUACUAUUGCUGCUUUGGAUCAUUUCAGCCGGACCUUCAUUCUUAAUUUAUCUUUAGCUGAGUAGAACAUGAUUGCAAGUUUGGAAGGUGUAAGCAUCAUCAACUUGCUGUGGGUGCCAAAAGAUUGAAAGCCCGGGACCAACUGCUAACAAGAAAAGCAGAAACAUUAGUAGUGUACAGUUCAUCUUCUGUCAGGUGUAGAGUCGAGGACAAACUGCUGCUCUGAAGCAUUUUAAAGCUACCUUAGCAUUCAUCUUCAAUCAUGCCGAGCAGAAUAGUAGCUACCAGUACAGUGUCAGUCUUCAACUGCCUGAUGCAACUGCUGGAGGAACAAUUGCUACUCGAUGACUGUUGGAUUUAUUCUACCUCAUUCAUAUUAUCAUCUAGCUUGGUUACAGAAAUCAAAUCUUAGGGAUCAAACAAGAUACUACUCGACCGUAAAAAAAAAAAAAAAGAAGGAAAACUUACAGUUUCUGUUUGUAUUGGCUUCAGCCUAUGUAAUUAUAUAUGUUAAUUAUGUUAUGUAAGUGCAUGUUAUUCCCCCUCUUC